AUGACUAAUAUUACUGCAAUAACUAAUUAUGAUAAUUCAUCGGAUAAAAAUCAGAAAAAACUAAAAUCAAAACGUGUUAUUAUUGAACUAGGAGAAUUACAUCAACAUAAUUUAAAACAACUGAAAGUACUCAAUCGUGAUAUUUUUCCAGUUUCAUACAAUGAAAAAUUUUAUAAAGAUUUAUUAGAAGCUGGUGAAUUAUGCAAAUUAGCUUAUUGCAAUGAUAUUGUUGUUGGUGCUGUAUGCUGUCGUUUUGAUUUAUCGGAUAAUCGUCGUCGAUUGUAUAUCAUGACAUUAGGAGUUCUUUCAAAAUAUCGCGAACUUGGCUUAGGUGCUUUAAUGCUUGAACAUGUGUUAAAAAUCUGUGAAAAGGAAGGAAAUGUUGAUAGCAUUUAUUUACAUGUUCAAAUAAAUAAUGAAACAGCUUUAGCAUUUUAUAAAAAAUUUGCUUUUGAAAUAAUUUCAACAGCAACUGAUUAUUAUCGACGUUUAGAACCAUCUGAUGCUUAUUUACUUGAACGUAAAUUGAAUAAAUCUUUAUCGAACGAACACAUAUCUACGACGUCACCAUUAAGUGUUAUUAAUGGCAAUUGA